AUGGGCGACGGCACGCUGCUCUCCGCUGAGCGGCCCUACGUUGUGGCUUGUGCUUAUGCAACUUGGUUGAAGACCAGUAGCCCCAAGGGGCAGGGCGACAGCUUGUCUUCAACUGCCCCAUACCUGCGUGACAUUGCAACCAACAUCAUCGACAGGUGCUCCUUGCCGGAUCUGAAGUCAGUGCAGUUUGCUGUAAUCGUCAGGUUGAAUUUUGCAGUGCUCGCCAGGGUACAGAAGAAGCUGAACGAAAGCUGGUGGCAAGGCAAGGAUCUCAUGAGCUUCAGAGAGAACAUUUUCCUGCCUGUGCUGUUCAAGCCAAAGGGCAGCUACAUCCAGUUUGUACUGUAUGAUUUGGAUCCCCAGAAGAAGCCCAUCGCCUUUGCUUCUAUCACUCUUUCGCAGGCGUGGGAAAGGCAACUUGUAAACCAAGCUGAUGUUUGA